GUCCCGCCGCCACGCCGUAGGCCUGUGGCCUCACCGCUGCGCCGGCCGCCGGAAGUGUGCUCGGGGGCCAGAGAGAUGUCGCUGCUGCGGUCGUUGCGCUUCUGCCUGGUCGCGCGGGCCGGGACCUGCCCGGGGGGGCCCCUUCAGCUUCAGUCGUCUCAGCCCAGGCACACAUUUCACACUGGGCCCAGGUUGGCUUCCUCGGCCUCCAGCAAGGAACUUCUCCUGAAGCUGCGACGAAAAACAGGUUACUCCUUUGUGAACUGCAAGAAAGCUCUGGAGGCUUGUAGCGGGGAUCUCAAACAGGCAGAGAGCUGGCUCCACAAGCAGGCCCAGAAGGAAGGCUGGAGCAGAGCUGCCAAACUCCAUGGCAGAAAAACUAAAGAAGGUCUGAUUGGGCUACUUCAGGAAGGAAACACAACUGUAUUAGUAGAGGUAAACUGUGAGACAGAUUUUGUUUCCAGAAAUAUAAAAUUUCAGCAGUUGGUCCAGCAAGUAGCCCUGGGCACCCUGUUGCAUUGUCAGAACCUAAAGGAUCAGCUCUCCACAUACAGUAAAGGCUUCUUGAAUUCCUCCGAGCUCUCUGAACUUCCCGCUGGGCCUGAGACCGAAGGCUCUCUCAAGGAUCAGCUAGCCUUAGCAAUUGGGAAACUGGGAGAAAACAUGACCCUUAAACGGGCUGCAUGGGUGAAGGUGCCAGCUGGGUUCUAUGUUGGCUCUUAUGUCCACGGAGCAAUGCACAGCCCCUCGCCCCACAACCUGGUGCUGGGGAAGUACGGGGCCCUGGUCAUCUGCGAGACAUCUGAGCGGAGAGCAAACCUUGAAGACCUUGGCCGCCGCCUCGGGCAGCAUGUGGUGGGCAUGGCCCCUCUCUCUGUCGGCUCUUUGGAUGAUGAGCCUGGGGGAGAGGCGGAAACCAAGAUGUUGUCUCAGCCAUACUUGCUGGAUCCCUCCAUCACAUUGGGACAGUACGUGCAGCCUCAGGGGGUGUCUGUAGUAGACUUUGUGCGGUUUGAAUGUGGAGAAGGUGAAGAGGCAGCAGAAGCUGAAUAGGUUCCAGAGACUUGGCCCGGGAGGAAAUGCUUAUUCUUAGCUCCGGACAUCGUUAUGAAGAGAAGUUAUUUCCUGAGCGUCUUCAAACCCAGAAUUUGUUUUUCAUUUGCAUUUAUAAUGAAGCGAUAUACUCAAAGGGUAAAGUUAUUAAAUAAAAUUACAUAAUAACGAGAGUA